AUGGCAAUUUCUGUUAAAGAUUUGGAAAGAGAAAAUGAAAUUAUUAUUGAUGAACUUAAGAAAUGGAGAGAAGAUUACAAGAACCUCAAAGAAGAAAAAGAAAAACUUUAUUCAGAAAUGUUGAUUAUUUUGAAAGAGAAAGAUGAAGAGAUUAGUAAUCUAAAUAAAAUGAACAAAGAACUUGAAAAAUAUAUUGACUGUCUUGAAAGGAAGCAAAGUUUUCAAAACCAUGGUAAAGAUGUUUCCCAAGUUUCAAAAAAGUCAAGGACACUAAACACUUUCAUGUCACAAGCUAAAGUUGCACUGUGGUUAAUGAAGUCAUUUGGUCUGGAGUUGAAAGGGAUCACAGCCAUGGAACAGAACACAGGAACAAUACAUUCUCUCCAUGUUGAUGACUGCCAGAAUUUUGAUAGUUUAUCCAAUGAGGACAAAGAAAAGAUUGAACAAAUUCUAUUCCUGCUUGAUAAAUUUUGUGUAGGAGAUUCUUUUUACCAUGAGUUAACCAUGAUUACUGAUGGUCUUCCCAAAUCAUACUUGGUCAAGCAAAGGAGAAGCCAAUUAAAUGAUAUUAGUAAUGUGAUCCCAACCCCCGGUGAGGCAGAUGGGGCUCAGAUUUCAUUUACAGAGAUGCUGAAAACCCGGAUUCAAGAAUUUGUAAAACUUCAUGAUGAAGUAGACUGGAGCAAAGAAAAAAUUCAGAUGGAAGGAAAAUCAUUAAUAAAAGUUUUGUUAUUGCAGAAUACACUGUUCAAUUUAUCUUUGGCCUUGGACAAAGACAAAGUUUUCAAACUUGAGUGUCUCAGAUGUGGUAAAAAUUUAUGAAAUAGCAAACACUUUCUUAAUUAAAUCAAUAGUCCUGUUUUAACUUUUAAUAGAUGGGUGUGAGUUUCCUCGACAUAAGGGAAAGGACAAAUGGAAUUUAAUAGGAAUCUAAUAGAUUUCGAAGUGACGGUUUAUGUGGUGCAACAGAAUAUAAAGACCUGUCUUAAUAACAUUUGCCUUGGAUUUGUUAACCAACAAUGAGGCCAACUAAGACAGAAAUAGCGUUGACGAGGAACCUGAAAGGUAUAUAGGUAAGUUCAUACUUAGUUUUAGUAUACAUUUUGUUAUAAAGGUAAUAACAAGUUACUCAGCUGAAUCUUUUUCUAAUAGAGUAUUGCUUUAAUUUUAAACAGACAACAGAUUUCGAAAACCAAUAACGUCAUUGGAAUGCAAAGCUUUCAAACAAAGUUGGAUGUCGGAUGGAAGUCGUCGAAAGUGGAUCACGGCGCUGAAAGCAUUUAAAGACUGGCAGACUGAAAGAAACGUUUCAAUAUCAAAAGAUCCCGAUAGUGACAAACUAUUGAUGGAUACAAGCCUAGAAGAGAUGUCUGACAAGAAGCUGGAUCAUUUUUUGGGGCAUUUUGUUGCGGAAGUGAGAAAAGUCAACGGGAAAGAAUACCCAGGAAAGACUAUUUAUGAAAUGAUUGACAGCAUUCAAACUUAUGUGUGGAAUGCAAACAUAAUUUAA